AUGGCUAGGUCAUUGCCACUUGAAAUUCUUGAGCAGAUAUUUUCCUACCAUCCAGAAAGUCUAACAGCAUAUGCUUGUGUCUGUCGACAAUGGCAGGUCGCCGCUGAGGCAUUUACCUUCGCCGACCUACAUAUCGAUUCGGCGAGUCUUGAAGACUUCCGUCGGAUUGUUGCCUCCCCCCACUCUGUCAGUCGAUAUUUCUACAUCCGAUCUCUGUAUUUCAAGAUCAUUCUCCCAGACUACAGCGUUGCCGCUCGCAGUCAAUAUGAAAAUCAAGAUGAUCGGGAUGGCAACAACAAGGUAUUCACGCAAGCCAUAAAAGGUCUGUUUGAAAGUCUGAGCUCAUGGCCAAACUAUGAUGGGUACGAGGUACUACUCCAGAUCUAUGCCAAAUCUCCAAGUGACUGGCAAUCGGAGGAGGACUGGGUUACGCGCCGUGCUCGGCAACAACGAGGCCAUGCUUUCCCAGAGCAGGAGCUGCUACACCGAAGGUACGAAAGUUCCUAUCUGCAGCUGAUGGAAAAGGUAGCAUUGCCUGAUGUCAAGUGCAUUACUUCACUCAAGGUGAUGGGUUGUGAUGCUCUCCGCAAUAUUGCACCGGGUGCUGUAUCUGUGAUGGUAAUCCAUCUACCGCGACUGGAAACUAUCAACGCGAAGCUCCGUGACAAAGAGAAAAAGGCUACUGAGAUGACUGAUAGCCUUGGAAGUGAUUUUUCCGUUAUUAGCUGGCCUCGCUCCCUGCGACAUUUACAACUAAGAUACGAGGCAAAGCCACCAUAUUCCGAGAACUGCUCCACGCCAUUAACGACAGGCCCUAAUUCUGUGUGUCUUUCUUUGUACCAGCUGACCCAGCAGCUGGAAAGUGUUGACUUGUUUCAAAUUAUGAUCAGUCCUGAAUCAUUCUGGCCGGUAGAUGCUAGCAACACUACCCCGUUCUGGCCAACCCUUAGGAAAUUUGUUGCGAGCUGUACAUAUGCCCCUGCCGAUGGGUACAGUCCCUUGAAUGGAUGUCUAAAAUUGGACAAAGACUCCUCUCCCGUCUCACAACAUGACUCUGUGGAAGCCUCUGACAACCAAGAGCAAAGUCAGUUCCGCCAACUACUGAUAAAAAACAUGGAUGAGGUAUUUCUUGCUGCUGGGCGGGCUGCCCAACAUAUGCCUAAGCUGAGUCUGAUGGAAAUUGAUAUUGGCACAUUUUUCUUGCCGGACUCCCGGUAUUCUUUCAUGUACGAUGCAAGUUCAGGCACAGCAACAUGGACGACCUCCUCAGAGUUCUGCAUAUCAAAUGAGGUUCGAGAUGCCUGGGAUAUUGCGGCACAGGGCCAUGGGCAUGGACAUUGCCAGAUAUGUAUGGAGGUUCUUUCUGCUGAUUCGAGUUUGUCCCCAUGA